UUACCCUACAGGGUGCGAUGGCAAGACUUGAAGGAUCUCAUCCGCAAGGCAGGCACUGUGCUUAGGGCAGACGUUUCCCUCACACCGGACAACCGAUCCCGUGGCUACGGCACGGUGCUGUUGGCGACUGAGGAGGAUGCGCUGCGAGCAGUGAAUAUGUUCCAAGGAUUUAGCUGGCAGGGCCGGACGCUUGAGGUGCGCAUAGAUCGAUCUGGAACGCUGCUCUUGCCGACUACUCCUAUUGGGGAGGAAGGCAGCGGGCAGAGUGCUUUGCUUGAUGUUCCGAACCCUUCGAUGAGCCUGUCUCAAGGUGAUUCUUCGCAUGGUCUCAGCAACUCAGCACCCCUCUUGUUCGUCGGCAACUUGCCCUUCCACUGCCAAUGGCAGGAUUUGAAGGAUCUCUUCAGAGCUGCAGGAAACAUACAAAGGGCAGACGUUGCGCUAACACCGGAAGGACGCAGUCGAGGUUUCGGCACGGUGCUGUUUUCAAGUCCGGAUGACGCUCAGAACGCAGUUCGGAUUUAUCAUGGGUACGAGUACAGUGGACGGACCCUCAAAGUCCACUUUGAUCGA